CAUACCGGUCAGCAGAAUGGCUAUCUUCAAGAUACAACUAUCGAUCCGUCAGCCUUUAACGCCUUCGGCACUUCUCUUCACAACUCACCCAUAGACUUCAUGCCAGUGUCACAGGCGACUAUGAAUACGACGCUUUCGAUGGAGGGCUCCUCCAACUUCAUGGCCAUUUCUUCUGCGAUGGAUAUGCAACAGAUGACUAGCUUUGCAUUCCAGAUGAAUGAUUUUCAGAAUGAACUCAUGUACGCUGGAACUACUGAGCUAGGCACGAACGAAUAUGCUGUUCCCUGCUCGAGUGUUGGAGGUUCUUCACCAUCAGAGAACUUGUUGGAAAUCAGGUCCAUAUCGAGCGACGAGAAUGGAAAUGGCUGGAGCUUUGUGGAUAUCCCACAGUCCCACCGACGGUCAUUUGGUUCGUACAACACGGACAACUCAAACCAGAUAAUACACAACCCAGCCAUGAGUCUACACAUCCGGACUGGCUCCGGCUCCGACGAAUCUAAUCAUUCCGACGUUCCACCCUCUGCCAUCUCUUUCGGUAGCGGAUAUGAAGAGGUCAUGUUUCCUAUGGGCUCUCCACAAUCAGAGCACCAUAUUGAAUUCACUCAACAUGGUACUCAUGGUCUUUCCAGUACAUCCUCGAAUCAUGAUAGGAAAUCUGGGGACCUUCAGCAUUACCACCCACACACCCAUUCUCACCACAAUUCUCCCACGAAUGCUUCGGCAAGCCCCAUACCAAUUGUGACGCAGCCCAAAGCCUGCACCCAAGGCCAUAACGGACUAAAGUCGACCUCACCCACGUCGUCCGGUGUCAGCUCCCCUCCGUCGGCACGAAGACGGAAAAGUCCAACAGGUGCGAGAGAUAAGGUCCAGAAGACAAUUCAAAAGAAGCCAGUGCAUUCUACGAAGAAAGAUGCCAAUGCCAGCGAGAAAAAGGUUGGAAGAAGGCGCGGCCCUUUGCGACCCGAUCAACGUCAACAAGCACAUGAGAUCCGCAAAUUACGUGCUUGCCUUCGAUGCAAGUUCCUUAAGAAAACAUGUGACAAGGGUGACCCUUGUGGUGGCUGCCAGCCUUCCCAUGCCCGUCUCUGGCAAGUGCCUUGCACCCGUAUCGACAUUAAAGAUAUCGCGUACUUCAUGAAGGACUGGAAAGCGGAUUAUGAGCGUCAUGUCAGCCUAGGGUUCUCUGUUGGCAACAUUAAAGGGUUCUCCCAAAUUGAACGGCAGAUCUAUGUCACCCACGGGUACGGCUUUUACCUUCCCAUCAACGCUCGUGAGGUGUACGUUCGUGAUGACAAAUGCUUCGGCGUGGAUUGGGUGGAGCAGAUCAAUGAAUUCCCGAAGACUUUCGAAUGUCAGACUGCCAAACUUUCAGCUGGCAUGGAAGGCAUCUCACACGCUAUGUUGUCCGAGUAUCUGGAUCGCCACAUUGACGGAGGAUUCGAGAGAUUUGUCGAUGAAUACUUUGACGGAACCUACUUCAUCUCGGAGAUUCUGAAGACUGCAUAUCGCUUUUACCUUCGCGAGAAACUUCCAGUCAUCCGUAAAGCUCUGAAACUUGUGCUUGCAUACAAUCUCACUCUACACGUGACGAUGGUUGAGGGCUUGGGCGAUGACGAUCAGUAUGUUGGGAAGGUUGAUGACAAUGCUAGCAAGUUCUUCGGCAAGACGGUCGCGCCAGUCAUGAUCAAUUUCCAGGUCAAAUGCGCGCUGGCCGAUAUGUGGCGAGAGCUUCAGAAGGACGUCCUUGAGGAGUUGUCUAGUCUAUACUCGUCUGUGUACAGUGGUGACAAGCUUAAGAAUUGGCCGACCAUUUUCAUGCUUGCUGCUAUUCUUCUUUGCGUCUGGGAGCUCAUGCAGUUCGACUGUCAUUAUCGUAUCCCAGAUCAGAAGGCUGUUGAGAAAUUUUGCAACGAUAUGGAAAGCACACCAGUAGGCGUCAUCGUUGGGCUUUUCUCUGCCAUUUCCCAGAAGCUUCCGAGUUUCUCAGAGUGGGAUACGCGCAAGCACCAUCACCUACUGGCGUCAAACCCCGCUGUGUGCGAUGCUAUGACUGAAGUACGCGCGCAUGUACACAAAUAUGACUCGUAUUUGAGAUCGCGCGCUGACAGCAAAUUCGACCGCGAGGAUUUUGACUCUCUGUCAAACAAGUUUCUCUCGAAGCUGGUU